GAGACUCUCCAUCCAGUCCCUCAUGGUACCACCAUGAGGGAUAAAUUAUAUGGGGAUACAAAAUUGUGCACAAACACUUAUUGGAGAAGAAUCGAACAAAUAUCUAAGCAGGAAACAUUCGAAGUGAAUUUCUUUUCUGCUUGAAUGCCUUUCUCCAAUCCGACGACUGUCAUUUAAAGGUUAUUGAAAUCUACAAUGACUAACGUGUGUGCCCAAGUAUGUCAAACUUUGGGUCCAAUAGGUUUUACAACGGGGCCACCCAAGAGCCCUCCCCGUUAUUUGUGGUUUAAUUCACCAUGGAAAAGCAACUCGCCAUUUUGCUCAUUUUCUCAACCUGUUUUGUCAUGGCUUUGGGGGAGUUCAAAUGCUAUGACAAAAGCGAAAGUGAAAAGGACGAAAUGGGAACCGUCAAGACUUGUUCCAGUGACGUUAAAUCGUGCAAAAAGACGAUCAUAGUAAUGGAUGAAAAAACCACGUAUUCAAAGGCCUGUGGAACCAGCAAAGAUCAGACAGAUGAGUGCGCUGAGGACAAUAGCAAUGAGGCUAAAAAGGUCACCACCUGUUAUUGCAAGACCUCCGAGUGCAACCCUGCAUCUCGGAAAAUGGUGGCAACCCUGACUAUUUUCACCGUCAUGGCUUUGAAUUUGUUUCUUUAAGAUUUCCCCCAAGGGCAAAAUCGAUCCAGGAUGGGCGUUCCUACAAUUGAUUUGGAAAUGAUUUGGAAAUUGGAUGAGUACCUGCCUUGGAUUGGCUUUUAAUACUUUGUACAUCUUGAUGUUACUAAAUGGAAAAUAUUGUAAAUGAUGUAGGUCUUCAACUCACAAGAGUAGUAUAAUUCAGACAACCCAGAUUCUAUGAAAAAAACUACUCUUCAAUAAAUUUUCUUGGUGUUUUUAACGAA